CACAAAUGCACAUGCACGUGCACACACAUACAGGGCUGUGAGGGAUUUACAGAACUGGGUCUUGAGAAUAAAAACAAACCCGCUCAUGCUGAGGAAAUUGGGAAGGCCUUGGGGUAGAGAGGGAGAGAGACAGAGUGGGAGAGAGCAGCAUAGCCAGGCAACUCCCUCCAUGGUUUUUUCAAAAGGCAGAUGAUAGACCAAAGUGUGCACGCAGCAGGCUUCCAGCACAGCCUCUCAGCAACGCUAAGGCUCGUCCAACCGUGAUUUUAUUUCCAGCAGGAUCGAGACGUCAGCCUGAGGUUCCAUUGUUUACAGCGAGCUGUGCAAUCAACGGUGCAAAUAAGGAGGGGGACUUAAAAUCAAGAGAUUUAUUUUGACUGUGGAAAAAAUACUGGACAACGACGAAACGUAGAGGACAAAGAAAGCUAGGACAAGUAACCAUGUGUGCAGGAGGAUACCAGCAGAGACAUAUUUUCCUGUUUAUGUUGGCUUUGCCAAUUAUGCUGGAAGACUGCAGGGUCCAGGCCUGUCGGAGUGGCACAGGGUCACAGUGUGAGAAAGCUCCUUUUGUACCGGGCCACAAUCUGGCUGGAGAAGGCUUUGACGUGGUGCGGAUGCGUCGGACAGGAGCAUAUGUCAUCAAUGUCAAAGCCCACCUAGCUGACAACCACACCUGUACACUGUGUCCGAACCGAUUCCAAAAAGGAGAGAUUCAGAGACUCCCAGCUUCAGUGCUUGACUGGCGUCCCUUCAGCCGCUGCUCUAAGCAGCUUUCCAGUGCACUUCACCACUCUGUGGACUCCCUGCUGCGCAGCUCCAACUCGCUGGUUAACAACAACUGGGAUUUGGGUUUGAGCCUUGACAACAUUGGAAAGGCAGUUCUGGGAGGAAGCCGCUCAGAUUUAGCAAAGUUUGCACGUUCGCAGCACAGUGUGGACAAAGCCACUUUUGCCAUUCAUGAAAUCAGUUGCACCUAUUACAGCUACAGGCUGGCUGAUCAUCCACCGCUGAGUGCAGAGUUCACAAAGCAUCUCAAGAGACUCCCACAGAGUUUAAACACAAGCCAGAACAGAGCCCUAUACAGACGGCUAAUAGACACUUAUGGAACACACUAUAUACACCAGGUCCAGCUCGGUGGUAAGGUGAGGCGAAUCACUGCCUUCAGGACCUGCCUGGCCACCCUGAAGGGCUUUUCAGAGGCAGAGAUCAAAAACUGCCUGAAUGUUGAACUCCGUAUGGCAUUGGGUUUCCUCCCUGCCAAUGCAUCUUUCUCCAACAGGUGUGACAGCCUCCUUAAAGGCAACAUGAGCAUGGGCUUUUACCAAGGCUUCAUGACCCAUAAGAUUGAGGUUACUGGAGGAGAGAGGUACUUCCCUGACAUCCUCUACCAGCAGGACCCAUCUGAAGCCUACCACAGCUGGAUGAACAGCCUUCAUGACAACCCCGAUGUGGUUUCUUAUGCCAUCUUCCCUCUGCAUCACUUGGUGGAGGAUUCACAAAUCAGCGCUAAUCUGAUCAGGACUGUCUCAGAGUACAUAAAAGAGAACCAGCUGAAGGAAGACCAACUUGGUUUCAAGAACUGCUCACCGACUCCCAACCUGGACCAUAAUUGUUGCCCUUUAAGGGCUGGUAGAGGAACUCUCCAACUGGAGAUUCACAGAGCUGCAGGCCUGAGGGCAGACACCUUCACAAAAACAGAUGCCUAUGUGAAGAUCUUCUACAAUGGCAUAUAUGAAGAGACUGACACGGUGAUGGAUGACAAUGACCCGAUAUGGAAUGCCACCUAUGACUUUGGCUCAGUGGAACUGGGUCAGGAGUUGAGGUUUGAAGUCUGGGAUAGGGACGUGCUCUACAAUGAUAUUGCAGGGAGGUGUAUUGUGUUUCCAGAGCGAGGAACUCAUUCCUUAAGCUGUCAGCUGCGCAAAGGAGUUCUCUAUUUCACCUACAGAAUCAAAUGUGAUGCUCACUUGACAGGAUAUAGGUGUGGACGAUACUCCCCCAAUGCUGAGUAGAUUAGCUAUGGAUUUACAGUACAGUGCAAAAGUCUGUACCUCAUUUCUUAUUUUCUCCAUAUUUUGCUACAAAAACAGGAAUUAGGUGCAGCAACAUACAAGAUCAACAUUUAUUAAAAAAUCCAAGACAAAAUAAGGGUUUGUACAUUUGUAAUGAGCUUAAAAGUCAAUAUUUGGAAUGACCACCUGUAGUCUUCAACACAGCCUGAAUUCUGUUAGACAAGCUUUCUUGGCAUUUCUUUAAGUAGCCUUCAGGAGUAGAUCUCCAGGCUUCUUGAAGGACAUUCCAGUGCUGUACUUUGUAUGUUGGCUGCUUUUUGCUCUGUUCUCUGUCAAGAUGAUCCCCAGACUGCUUCAAUAUUGUUGAGGUCCAGGUUCUGAUCUAUGACUGAGUGUUUGUGUGUUUUUCUAUCCAUGCAUGCUUUUACUGCAUGCAUAGACAGAAUAUUGUCAUGCUAAAAAAAAUAAGCUGUGGCCAUUCAGACGGUUUUCCAAAACCACUGGUUACAACGCAGCCCCAAACCAAGUCAGUCUCUCCACCAUGUCUUACAAAUGGCUACCUGUUGCUUUUAAUUUUCAGUCCAGUUCUUGUUUAAUUGGUCAUGCCCCAGCCUUUAAUCUUUCCCUUACUUGAACAGCUCCUCGACAGCCAUUUUUCUCUCGAGACCAUUUCUGAUGAUGCUUCAGCGACUGGUCGAUGGAUAAACUGAAAAAGCAGAUUUCUCUCUCAGAUACCAUCUCAGGUCUUUGACUUAUUUAAGUCCUAUUUUUAAGGACACACUGCACAACAUGCUGAAAUAUGUCAAGUUUUAGCUGUUUCUCUCAAAAUGCAUCAUCUUUGACAUUUGCAAACUAAAGAAAUUAUAUUAUACAUACUAUAAAAAUUAUAUGUUUUUGUGAAAGCAGUCUAGUAACAAAAUGGCUAAAGACAACUUAAAACUGUUUCUUUGCCGAGCUAUCGGUGCAUAGACAGUACUGGAAUAGGGGCUUUUUAUUAUGCUUGAAUGAGCCAUGGGCAGUGUUGCAUGGUACAAGGACUGGACUUUAAAUGAGUGUCCAAAUAAAAACCAAGACACUUUAAAAAUUACAAUAAACUCUUGGAAACAAAAAACGAAUUAGAUAUGGCUCAAGACUUUUGCACAGUACUCUAUAUAAUCAUCUGGUGGUUCUGUUUUCCAAGACAUUAAGUCCUUCUUGUGAUUUGCCUAUAUGACAGAACAACUUGGUAAAAUGUGCACCAACAUUUUUGCUGACCUUCAGGGGUGAUCCAGUUUGAUGGGGUAUUUGAGCACAUUUUUACAGGAACAAAUUUUUCCUAAUUUUUUAAUCUGAAAUGAAUGCAUUAUAAUGAUAUACAGAUAUAAUGAAUGAUAAAGUGUGCAAUUGUACAUUAUAUUGUAUUGAUACAUUUUGACAGCUUACUUGUUGUUAGUCUUCUAUAGACAUGUCAGCAGCAUUUUUGUAUAUACCAAAAUGAAAAAAAAAAUGAUUCAAGACAUCACCAGUUUCACCAGUACCCUUGAGUUUUCUUAAGCCUGUUGGAACUGUCUACAUCAGCGAGUUGAUAACAAGGUAACAAUACACACUUAUACAAACAAUUAUUUUCGGAAAAAAUAUCAGAGCUCCCAAUUUCAGUUUAUUAGUAAUUUCUUAUAUUAUUGCUCUGUGAUUAUUUUGGCACUCUUUCAUUAGAUUAAUCAAAGAAUCUUUUACUGUUUCCCCAAAUGAAAAAUUGGAAAUGUAAUUAUAUUUCAGCAUAGAAGCCUUUAUGAAAUGUAUACUACUACAGACCGUUACCAACUCUGGCUUUGGGAGGAUCUUUGUGAUCUCUGAUAGAAAAAUAAUAGUUUAAAAAAAAAAUUGUCAUUGGCUCCCUCUACUGGUGCAUUGUUACAGACACCACACAAACAAUUAUUCCAAUAUUUAUUAUUCAGUUUUGACAGGAAACUAAAAAAAAACAAACAAACAUACAAAUGACUUAGUAAAAGCUUUUACAGUAACACUUUUACAAUAACAACACAUUAUCUACUUAUACAGCACACUAAUGCGGCAGCUGCUUUAUUAAAUCGAAAAGUCUUCUCUCGGCCCGAUAAUUAAAAGAGUAGAAACAGCUAUGAAAGAAAUUCAAGCACCAUAGGUUUUUUCUUACAUACUAGGAUAAUUAAAAUAUCUGUAUGCUUGAUGCAGUCUGCCUUUCCUAAAUAUGCAAUUAGAAUAUGACAACAGGAUGAAAUGUAAGACAUUACACUUAACACUGACAGAGUCCAAAUGCAUGUGAUGCAGCCACAAAUUUUAAAUCAGAAAUGGUAGAGUAAUUUAAGGUGAAUAUCAUUUUCAGUAUACUUGCUAUUUGAACUGUAUUUUUCUGAACACGCAAACAUAUGUAACACUGUAUGGACCGACGGGUAAAAAUAUAUCCACCAUUCUCCAUGCUCGAACCUUUUUCUUUAAGUCCUAGAUUUUGAAAUAUUUCCUGUAUCAAAGUUUGGCAAGUAAGCAUCAUUCUCCUUACCACUAUGUUACUUUUAUCUGAAUGUGAGCAGUGCAACACUGCAUAUGUUUAAACUGAAAUGACACUUUAAUUCUGUCAGACCAGUGUGAUAGUGUACUUUAAA